CGCGGGGCGGAGCGCGGGGGCGCUGCGGGCGGGAGGGAGCGGAGCAGGCCGCGGCGCGGGGCCCGCCAUGCCGUCCGCCAACCAGCCCACGGUGCGCAUCACCGAGCUCACCGACGAGAACGUCAAGUUCUUCAUCGAUCACACGGACCUGGCGGUAGCGAAUUCCAUCCGAAGAGUGUUUAUAGCCGAAGUUCCCAUAAUAGCCAUUGACUGGGUCCAGAUAGAUGCUAACUCCUCUGUGCUCCAUGAUGAGUUCAUUGCACACAGAUUGGGUCUGAUCCCACUCACCAGCGAUGACAUUGUGGAUAAGCUGCAGUACUCCAGGGAUUGUACAUGUGAUGAGUUCUGUCCAGAGUGUUCUGUGGAGUUUACCCUGGAUGUCCGGUGCAAUGAAGACCAGACUCGUCACGUGACAUCCCGUGAUCUCAUCUCCAACAACCCCCGGGUUAUACCGGUGACAUCCCGGAGCAGAGACAAUGACCCCAAUGACUAUGUGGAGCAGGAUGAUAUCCUCAUUGUCAAGUUACGGAAAGGCCAGGAGCUGCGAUUACGAGCGUAUGCCAAGAAGGGAUUUGGCAAGGAGCAUGCCAAGUGGAACCCUACGGCAGGAGUAGCCUUUGAGUACGAUCCAGACAAUGCGUUGAGGCACACAGUCUACCCCAAGCCGGAGGAAUGGCCAAAGAGCGAAUACUCCGAAAUUGACGAGGAUGAGGCCCAAGCUCCCUAUGACCCCAAUGGAAAGCCAGAGCGGUUUUAUUACAACGUGGAGUCCUGCGGCUCCCUGCGGCCGGAGACCAUCGUUCUCUCGGCACUGUCCGGGCUGAAGAAGAAAUUGAGCGACCUCCAGACCCAGCUAAGUCACGAGAUCCAGAGUGAUGUCCUGACUAUAAACUGAGCCCUGCCCCUUUCCUGCAGAAUCUCCCGUGUGACCAAGUCACACUGAUGUGCCGCACUGUUCACGGAGCCACCUGAUUUUUUCCUGGGGCAGGGCUAAUCGUAGUCAAGUGAACAUGGAGCCCUGUUCCUUGUGUGCUGAACCUUCAGGCCUUUCUGGCACUCAGCUGGUGGGGAUGUGAUGUGUAUUGAGAUGGCUUCCCACCAGUCACCCUUUAGAGCAUGGAAGCUGCUCUGCAGGAGCAGGGGCGAGAUUUCCAGCAUAGUGCAGGGAUGUUCCUGGUGAGCCCCAGGUGUGGUAUAUUAUUGUAAUGGGGAGUGGGGGGGUGAAUCUCUGUAAAUGACCCUAGCUCUUGCCUGUUUUCACUGGACUCUGGCCGUCCAUGGUUUGGGAUUUGGAAGCAUGUAUCUCAGCUCAGUUGCACAGCCAUGUUCUGUUUGUUACCGUGCUGAAUAAAGCCUUUUUCCUACAUC